CAACUCAUUCUUUCUCUCCUUCCUCUGUGUUUGACACAGUUUGGGACCCUCGCCCUGGAACUCCGUGGAGAACCGCCGGUGGAUGCUACGCCGAGCUCCCAGGCUUCUUGCCGCAGUAAACCUCACCUUCCCCACCACUGCCAACCUCACCCGCAUUUCCCACCCGGGCCUUCACGUAGCAUUAUUUCACCAUGCGUCCGCUGAGGGCGAGGGCGGCGCCCGCUACCUGCUCGACGGAAUGCCCCACGGAGCACGGGCCAGCUCCAUCGUGCGCGCGCUCAGGGACGGCGCGCGCCACGCCGCAGACGCCGUCGACGCCCUCCACUGCGCGUCCCUCAAGUCCGGCGCGGUGCUGGACCCGCCCGUGCGCACCUCCCUCCUCACGGCAUACGCCAGGAGGAGGGACGACGCGUGUGCCGCCCUGGCGCUGCUCGACGAGGCCGCCCGCCCGGACGUGAUCCUGUGGAACGCCACGCUCGAUGCUCUGACGCGGAGCUGCCGUCUGGGCGACGCCGUGGUUCUGUUCCGGCGGAUGGCGUGCGUGCUCGGGGCGUUCGAUUCGGCCACCCUGGUCAUCAUGCUGUCGGGGGCGUCGCGUGCCAGAGAGAUGGAGCUUGGGACGGCGCUCCAUGCCGCGGCUGUGAAGAGAUGCCUCGACACUGACCUGAACCUUCAGAAUGCUCUCGUGCACAUGCACGCGAAGUGUGGGCGUUUCUGCACUUCGGAGGCUGUGUUUUGGAGGAUGCCGUGUUGGGACACCACCUCAUGGAAUUCUAUGAUUGGUGGAAGCACGUUCAAUGGACUUUUUGAAGUUUCGGCUUGUUGCUUCAGGGAGAUGAUCCGUUUGGGGGUUCAGGCAGAUGAGGUCACUCUGUCUUCUGUCCUUGCAGCAUAUUCUCGCACGGAUGGUCUUUUUGCCUUUGGGAGGUCUGUCCAUGGCUGUGUUGUCAAGCUUGGUUAUGACGACACUGCAUCUUGCUCGGUGGCGAAUUCUCUUAUAACAUUUUAUUCAGCCCUUGGAUUUACCGAGGACGCAGGGAAUGUCUUUGCAGGCAUUUUGAGUAAAACUUUGGUAUCAUGGAAUGCUAUGAUCAAGGGAUUGGUGGAGAAUGAAAAGGUCAGCGAAGCCCUCUUUGUUUUCCAAGAAAUUAUAUCAGGGUACCAGCCAGAUUAUGCCACUUUGGUGACUGUAAUUUCUGGCUGUGCUGAUCAAGGACUACUCUGUGAAGGGAAAGAAAUCCAUGGAUACAUAGUCAGAAAAGGCCUUCUGCAUGAGGAGUCUUCUAUAGGAAAUAGCUUACUUGGCUUAUAUAUGAAAUGUCAUGACUCAUUUACUGCUAAGCUUUUGUUCAGGACAAUGCCAGUAAGAGACCUCAUAUCAUGGAACACAAUGCUUUCUGGUUACUCAAGAGAUGUCUCACUGGGAGUAGAGGCUCAAGCUAUGUUCAAGGAGCUGCUUUCUGAAGGUUUAAACUGCACCAUGACCACUAUACUUGCUGUUCUACCUUCAUGCUCUUGUCCAGAAGACCUUAGCUUUGGCAAAGGAGUUCACUCUGUUAUCCUGAAGUAUGGAUUUGUGAGUGCAGUUUCAGUUGUUAAUGCGUUGAUGCACAUGUACAUAUGCUGCGGGGACACACUGGCUGCCUUAGCGCUGUUGGAAAGAAUAAUGUUGGUAUCAGAUAUUAUUUCAUGGAAUACAGCCACAGUAGGCUGUGUACAGAAUGGACUACAUGGUGACGCCUUGGAAGCAUUUCGGUUCAUGCAUUCAUCUUUGCCAGUAAAUCCUGACAGCAUUACACUAGUUAGUGUUUUAUCAGCAUGUGGAACUCUUAAACUGCACUCCCUAGGAAAGUUCAUCCACUGCAUGUCACUGAAGCACUUGCUUGCAUGCAAUUUGAGGGUGAAGAAUGCCCUGUUAGCCAUGUAUUUCUGGUUUGCAGAUACUGAAAGUGCCGAGUCAAUCUUCUAUAGUCCCGGAGAUAUAAAUUUGUGCUCCUGGAAUUGUAUGAUCUCUGGCUUUGCACAGAAUAACGAUGGCUGGAGAGCAUUGCAGUUCUAUCAGAAGAUUGAAGACUUCGUGCCUGAUGAAAUGUGUACAGUCAGUAUCAUCUGUGCUUGCACUCAACUAGGGGAUCUUACAUAUGGAAAGAGCAUACAUGGGCAUGUGGUCAGGUCUGAUCUUCAAAAUAAUGUUUUUGUUUCAGCAUCGCUUGUUGAUAUGUACAGUAAGUGCGGAAGACUCGACGUUGCUGUCAGAGUAUUUGAAUCCUCUGCUGAAAAAUCAAUUGCUUGCUGGAACUCCAUGAUAUCAGCUUUAGGAUUUCAUGGGCAUGGGUUGCGAUCAAUAAAACUUUUCUGCAAGAUGAUUCAGUCUGGGAUGACAGCCACGAGAAGUACUUUUAUUGCUCUUUUGUCAGCUUGCAGUCACUCUGGACUCACUGAUGAAGAAUGGGAGUAUUACCACCUUAUGUCAGAGAAAUUUGGGAUCAUUCCAACAGCCGAACACCAUGUAUGCAUCGUAGACAUGCUUGGACGUGCUGGUUGGCUGCAGGAAGCACAUAAAUUUGUGGAGAGUUUACCAUCCAAGGAAGCACAUGGAGUUUGGGGUGCACUGUUAAGUGCUUGCAGUAACAAGGCUGAACUCAAGAUGGGCGAGUCCACCGCAAAUCAUUUGCUCUGCCUGGAGCCUGAAAACAGUGGUUAUUAUGUGACAAUUUCUAACCUGUAUGCAAAUCAAGACAUGUGGGAUGGUGCAGUCCAGGUUAGGGACAUUUUGCAAGAUAAAGGAUUGAUGAAGCCCCAUGGUCACAGUAUUGUUGGAUAAAGGGUGGCAAAGGAACCAUGGAAGGGGUGGCAAAGGAACCAUGGAAGCUAUGCUUUCCAAGAAAAAUUUCCACUAAAUCACCAAAGGUGGUCCUGUCAACCAGUCACUUAAUCUUAUCUCAUAUUCACCGACAAUCCCGUGUACAAAGCAUCCAGAGUAUUGGGAGUUAAUUUUUUAUUUUUGAGAUAUGUGAGUUAAAUCCUUCCUACUCAACUGUAACAAAAUAAUUGUGUGUUCGUUUCUCCAGGGAUAAUCAGGACUCACUCCUCACCCCC